AUGAGCUCCUUUGCUCACCUGGAAUGGAACCUUGAUGGGUUGCUGGAUAAGAUAUGGGAGUAUCUAGAUCUCACUCGCAUAUACACAAAGCCCAAUGGAAUGAACCCAGAUUAUGAAAACCUUGUGAUCCUCUCAUCAAAGAAGCGGACCGGGAGGACUUUUGCAACCAGAUUCUCAAGAAUAUGUCCUAAACAGUUCAAGUAUGCAUUAGUAUGGGGAUCCAGCGCCAAACACAAGCCGCAAAGAGUUGGAAAGGAACACGAGCUGGAGGAUGAAGACGUGGUGCAGAUUAUCAAGAAGGUGUAAAGAAAGACUUGUUGCUACGUUGUUAUUAUGUGUCAUUAUUGAGUAGUGAGGUUCUGUGAAAGAGCCAUGGAAAAACUUUUCGAUAACUGUAGAAGCAUAGGCAGUUGAUUGGAAGACCAAUCAAGAUGAGCAGAAAGACUGUUGCUCUACUUGGUUAAUAGGUGCGGACUUGAAAUGAAGCUGUAGAGCCUCCUGGUAUAGCUGUGUUUGUUUAAGUGUAUCCAUAUCAUGUUGCGAUGAAUCGGACAUUUGGUUCACUGGCUGAUUUUGGCGGGAGUUGUUCAAGAUCAUGGGCUCUGGCUUGAACUUUUCGACGACAUUUCAUUCG